AGAACAGAGGUUGCUAACAAAAAGCAGCACGAUUGAAAUUAUAAAGUAAUAGAGCUUAACCGUUUGUUUUGUUCCCAAAUGAAAUGGGUUGGAGGCUGCUUAGAAGUGCAGGUUUCCUUGCCUAUCUAAAUAAAAAAAGGUGAUCUCUUUCCUCUUCCUUUCUCUUCUCGAUGUGGGUGCUUGCUUCAUGAUAGUAUAACUGUGUUUUGCUAUCAUUUUAGUUCUUCUGCUGGUGAAUCUAUCAGAAUACAAAACCCAUCAGUCCCCCAUUUCAGAAGUCUUGAUGAUUUAUUGCUUCUCUUUGACGGCUUGGUCGGUAAUCAACCUUUCCCAUCGAUUCAGGUUUUCAAUCGACUGUUAGGGGUCAUUUCCAAGAUGAAACAGUAUCCCACAGUUCAUUCCCUGUUUAAACGGAUGGUCUCCUUAGGGAUUCAUCCCGAUUUGUCUACUCUGAAUAUCUUAAUCAAUUGCUUAAGCCACUUGAGUCGGGUGGAUUUUGGUUUCUCUGUAUUGGGUAGCAUCCUGAAAAGUGGUUAUGAACCAGAUGUUGUUACAUUGAGCACUCUGAUUAAGGGGCUCUGUUUGAAGAAUGAAAUUGGCCAGGCAAUGGAGUUUUUCUACAAAAUGGUGGAGUUAGGGUACCCGUGUAAUGAGGUCACUUAUGGAACAAUAAUUGAUGGGCUUUGCAAGAGUGGAGAUCCUGUUAAGGCCCUUGUGUUACUCAGGGAGAUAGAACAGAAUGGUAGGUGUAACCCAAACAUAAUCUUGUAUAGCAUGAUCAUAGAUGGUCUCUGCAAAAUGGGGCUGGUAAACGAGGCUAUGAACCUCAUCAUAGAAAUGAAGGGCAGUGGCAUCUCACCAAAUGUUGUUACUUACAGCUCUCUGAUUCGUGUUCUGUGUAAUUUUGGGCAGUGGAAAGAAGCUGCAACCCUUUUUGAUGAAAUGAAUAAUGGAAUCAGACCAGAUACUGUAAUUUUCACCAUUAUGAUAGAUGGUCUUUGCAGAGGAGGGAGGUUAAGGAAGCACGUGCACUGUUCAAUACUUGAUUCAUGGCGUAUCAAUUCUGGCCAGUGGAAGGAAGCCAGCCAGCUGUUCCAUGAGAUGUUGGAAGGGGGAAUUUCACCAGAUGUAGUUACCUUCAAUAUAUUGGUUGCUGCUCUUUGUAAAGAAGGGAAUGCCAAAGAAGCUCAUGAGCUCUUUCAUUUAAUGAUUCAGAAGGGUGUGGUGCCCGAUUUAAUCAGAUGCAGUGACUUGAUAGAUGGAUAUUGUUUACUGGGUCAAAUGGAUGAGGCGAUGGAGUUCUUUACUUCCAUUAUAAGCUGGGUAUAUGAGCCUAACACCAUUACUUAUAGUGCACUAAUUAAUGGCUAUUGCAAGUGCAGGAGAAUGGGUGAAGCCUUCCAGCUCUUUAAAGAACUGCCUCACAAGAGAAUAAUCCCUGACACUAUUACUUAUACUUCUCUUAUUCAAGGAUUUUUCCUUGAGGGCCAAGUUGGGUAUGCUCUGAAGGUUUUCAAAGAAAUGCAAGUUCAUGGGCACAACCCAGAUCAAUGCACAUAUUCUACAUUGAUCAGCAGGCUAUGCAAAUGCAAGCGUAUUGAUGAUGCACUGAAAUUGUUUCAUGAAAUAGAUUCUAAAAACAUUAAUAUUAUUACUUACGGUGUCCUUCUUGAUGGAAUGUGGGAGGCAUGUAUGCUAAAAGAGGCUGAAGAAUUGUUCAACUCCGUAUCUGCCAAAGGAUUGGAGCCUAAUAUUAAAACAUAUGGCAUAAUGAUCAAGGGAUUCUGCAAAGAGGGUAUGUUGAGCAAAGCUUGGGAUUUGUUCAUGAAAUUGAAAGAGAAGGGUUGUCCUCCAAAUAAUGUGACUUAUAAUCUCUUGGUUCAUGGAUUUCGUAAAAAAAAAAAGAGACCAAUAAGGCAUUUGAGCUUCUGAAUGAAAUUUCUCAGAGAGGCUUCUUACCUGAUGCAAAGACUGCAUCUCUGAUAGUGAAUUUGCUUGCAGAUGGGCAGUCUAAAUGGGAAUGUUUUGAAAGACUUCGCAAAUUUGUGCCAAAUAAAAACUGAUAGGUGUUAUUUCAAUGCCCAUUAGGUUUGGUAUUAUGAAGAAGUGAUAUGCUUUGAGUAUGUAAGAUGUAGGAGACAGCCCAAAUGCCACAUGCUCAAAGAAUUUCAUCACUGUUGUAAGAUUGUUCUAGCAAAGCUGGAGUCUUGUUCAGUUCGCAUAUCUUUGCUGCAUCCAUUGAAUGCAUGCU